AUGAACAUCAGAAAAUUCACCAAAUUCGCAUCUGUACUGGCGAUUGUUGCCCUGAUUGUGGGGCUUUCCGCCUGUGACCAAAUCCAGCAACUUCUCGUCCCCGCGCCGCCUGAUAUCGGAGGGCUUCCCGGAGAAAUUAUCAUCGGUGUCUCCCUGCCGCUGGACGACGAAAACGGCCCUCUGUAUGGGUUACCGAUGCAACGAGGCUUUGAACUCGCUCAAGCAGAACUUAACCACUAUGGUGGUCCCCAAAUCACCUUCAUCAUUGAAGAUGAUCAGAGCACCGUUGAAGGCGCGAAGGCAGCCUUUAAUAAACUGAUUCAUCAAGAUGGCGUGUCCAUUAUCACUGGUGUCACUUUCUCAACUCAGCUCAGAGAGUUAAUUCCAAUAGUAGAAGAAAACGGAGUUAUGACUGAUAUUAUGAUUCAAGGGCGUGAGGUCGGUAUCCCUGCUUCUGUUCCGUACAUUGUUCCUGAUCUGACCGGAAACGAAGUGCAAAUCGCAGGGGAGGCCGCCGAGGGGGCGGUCACUUUUACCAAUUGGAGUGCUACGGCUGACACACCGCGCAAUCAAGCCUUCGUCCAGAAUUACCUAGCAAAGUAUGGUAUCGAAGCUGAUCCCUGGGCCGCUCAGUCGUAUGCUACCCUUUAUAUUCUAGCAGAAGCGAUUGCGAAUGCACAAUCCACCGAGGCAACGGCAGUUCGGGACGCGCUGGCGAAUACCAUGGAUUUCCCCACCGUUAUGGGGAAUUUCUCUUUUGAUGAAGUCGGGGACGCGGUUUACGACCCGAUUGUACUAACUGUCGAAAACGGCGAACUUGUCGCAUUUGAGUAACCUGUAUCGGCGGAUGUGCAUAACCGGCCCCUGUCAUCAGCUACUCGCUGAUGAUAGGGGCUUCGGUUUUAAUUCGGUGCUCAUGUUAAGAAAUCGUGA